GUUGUAGAUCAUGUUUUUAAUCUGCAUGAAUAGAUACGUUGCUCAAAGAUCAUCAUUCAACUGCAAUUGUUCAGGAUGCAGGUGUUACUAUUUUGGGAACGGUUCCAAGCUUGGUAAAGACAUGGAAGAAUACACAAUGCAUGGAGGGCUUGGAUUGGACAAAGAUAAAAACAUUUUGUUCAACUGGAGAAACUUCAAAUGUUGAUGAUGACCUCUGGCUUUCUUCGAGGUCUUAUUACAAACCAAUCAUUGAAUGUUGUGGAGGCACUGAGCUUGCAUCUUCUUACAUCAUGGGAAGUACACUGCAGCCCCAAGCUUUUGGAACAUUUAGUACAGCAUCAAUGACAACUGGUUUGGUUAUCCUUGACGAAAAUGGAGUUCCUUAUCCAGAGGACGUUGCUUGUGUUGGUGAAGUGGGCUUGUUUCCCAUAUAUAUGGGAGCAACUGAUAGAUUGCUUAAUGCUGAUAAUGAUGAGGUUUACUUCAAGGGAAUGCCAAUGUACAAAGGAAAGGUUCUUAGGAGACAUGGAGAUAUAAUCAAAAGAACUGCCGGAGGCUAUUUAGUAGUACAAGGGAGGGCUGAUGACACAAUGAAUCUUGGUGGAAUAAAGACAAGUUCUGUGGAAAUUGAGCGUGUCUGUGAUGGGGCUGAUGAAUGCAUUUUGGAGACAGCUGCAAUCAGUGUUGCACCUGCACAUGGAGGUCCAGAACAGCUGAUUAUAUUUGUAGUUUUAAAGAAAGGAUACAAUUCAGAUGCAGAAACUCUAAAAAGGAAAUUCGCUAAAGCCAUUCAAAGCAACCUUAAUCCCUUGUUUAAGGUGAGCCUUGUUAAAAUUGUUCCGGACUUUCCUCGAACAGCUUCCAACAAAUUGCUAAGGAGAGUUUUGAGAGAUCAGGCGAAACGCGAGCUUUCAAUUCAGAGCAGACUUUAGUGACAUUCUUAAUUUGCAAAAGAACAAG